CCUACGUCACUGGGAAUUUCCAGUGGGGAAGUGAAGUUUCUGAACAACUGUACAAGUCGAUGUUGCUAGCGACCACUGUCAUAUUUCAUCCUCGUUAACUGAAGCAAAAUUAUUAACAUAGAAGUGUUGUAUAAUAUGAACGUUUGACGAUAGGAUACUGUUAGAUUCGGUCAAAUCAGUUUACCUAAGCAUGGCGCAAUAAUGUGCAAAACUCGACUCAUCUGAUGUGGAUGUAGGAAUCGCAUGUGACCUAGGUAAGCUUUGGCUACAAUAUUUAAAUGUAAUGAUAUUAGUAAUUAUAAAAAGUAACCAAUUUAAGUUUAUUGUUAUAACCUUUCUAGCUAGCCAAGUCCACUUCCUCAUUGUCAAAUUAGCUAGCUAUUUGAAUGCUAGCCACUAAAAAAUGAAGUUGAGUAGUUAGCUAACUGACUUAGUUAGACCAGAGCAAACGGACAGUUGGCUUUGUCUUUGUUUUGGUGUCUUGAAAAAUUGACUUAAGAGAGGGUGCUGUUUUAGCUCAUUUAUAUUGACACUUGUGUUUUAGUUAGCUAGCUGGUUAGCUUGUUAGAUAAGUGGAUUUAUACACAGCAUGCCAGUAGCAAAUCCAAAUGUCACGAGAGGUGUCUAAUCAGGGCACAUUUGAGAUUGGAUGAGAUGCAGAAAAUCACUAAAAUCUUUAAUUCCGGUAAAACAUUUUGCUAUGUAAUAAAGCAUAUGUACACUAAACUACAAUUAUAUUUUAUAAGUCAUGACUUUUCUCGAGGUAUUUGUCUUCUCUCAGACGCCAUGGCAGAAGAGGAGGCUUACCUCCCUCACCCACAGUACUAUGACAUAGAGCCAAUAUGGGAUCCUCUAAAUUUUACUCCCAUGUCACUCACCAACUCACUCCGGACAGCAGAUGGACCCUACCUCGAAAUCAUUGAACAGCCUAAACAGCGGGGCUUCAGGUUCCGUUAUGGAUGUGAGGGACCCUCUCACGGUGGGCUUCCAGGGGCCUCCAGCGAGAAGAACAGGAAGUCAUAUCCCCAGGUCAAGAUCUGUAACUACCAGGGGUUGGCACGUGUGGUGGUACAGCUAGUGACCAACUCUAAAGAUGCCCACCUCCAUGCCCACAGUUUGGUGGGCAAGCAGUGUGACAAAGGCAUCUGCAUCACAGACCAACAGCCCAAAGACUCCAGCAUCAGUUUCCCCAACCUGGGCAUCCUCCAUGUGACCAAAAAGAAUGUGAUUAAGACACUGGAGGACCGCAUGACUGAGGCCUACAGGGUGGGCUACAACUGUGGCAUUGUCAUCCACCCCGAGAUAGACGCCAUCCAGGGAGAGGUUCGCAUCCCCCGGGAGCUCACUGAUCACCAGAGAAGCAUGAUCUGCAGUGCAGCAACCAAGCAGGCUAAAGAGAUGGACCUAAGCGUGGUGCGCCUCAUGUUCACUGCCUUCCUCCCAGAUAGCGACGGGGGCUUCUCCCGUAGACUGGACCCCGUCAUAUCAGACCCCAUUUUCGACAGCAAAGCUCCUAAUGCAUCCAACCUGAAGAUUGUGCGGAUGGACCGCACAGCUGGCUGUGUGACAGGAGGAGAAGAGGUCUACCUGCUCUGUGACAAGGUCCAGAAAGAUGACAUCCAGGUGCGCUUCUAUGAGGAUGACGAGACAGGGCUGACAUGGGAGGCCUUUGGGGACUUCUCCCCCACUGAUGUCCAUCGACAGUUUGCCAUUGUUUUCAAGACCCCCAAAUACAGAGACCUGAACCUCCAGAAGCCCACCUCAGUGUUUGUGCAGCUGAAGCGUAAAUCGGACAACGAGAAGAGCGAGCCCAAGCCUUUCACCUACCACCCACAGAUCAUAGAUAAGGAAGAGGUGCAGAGGAAAAGACAGAAGACCCUGCCUAAUUUCCAGGACUACAGCGGCCAAGGUGGAGCAGGGGGCAUGUACCGGGGACCAGGGGGAGGAGGCUCCGCUACAGGGGGAGGACCCAGCUCAGGGGGAGGAGGUUACUUCCAGGCCUAUUCCACCUACAAUAACUACGGCACCGGCUAUAGCGCUGGCUUUUCCCCUGGCAUGAGUGGUGGCGGGGCGGGCAUUAAACAUGCUACACAGGGCAGAGCGGAGGACAGCGGUGAUGACUGCGACAUGGGCGAUGACCCGUCCUCUGGGGCAGUGGUGGCGGACCGAGCCCAGUCGGAGGAGGAUGCCUCUGCUGGGGAGACAAGUGAGGAGAGAGGGGCUGGUGUGGAGCUAGGACCAGGGGACAGGACUGGCGAAUGCAUGCUGGAGGCUAGGCUGGUGGAUGUGGCUGAGAGGCAGGCUGAAGCCCUCUUCCAUUACGCCGUCACUGGAGACGUCCGCUACCUGCUGGCUCCACAGCGCCACCUCAUGACAGCUCAGGACGAGAACGGCGACACUGGUCUCCAUCUAGGGGUGAUCCACAGCCAGACAGACGCAGUCAGGAGUCUAGCCCAGGUGCUCUCUGCCCUGCCUGGAGAGGAGGUCCUCAACAUGAGGAAUGACCUCUACCAGACUCCUUUGCACCUAGCGGUGAUAACCCAGCAGAAGGAGGCGGCCGAGGCCCUCGUAUUGGCUGGGGCUGAUGUCACUCUGUCUGAUCGCCAUGGAAACACAGCUCUACACCUGGCCACUCAGCAGAAGGAGGGAGGGAUGGUGGGAUUUCUACUAAGACACAGAGAGGUGGUGGAACUAGUGGACCUCCCCAACACAGCAGGAUUUUGCUCCCUCCACCUGGCUGUGCUGGCCAAUAGCCUAUGUUCCCUUAGGGACCUCUUGGUGAGCGGGGGCAAUGUGGAGGGCCAGGAGAGGAGCUGCGGCCGCACGGCACUCCACUUGGCCACUGAGCUGGACAACGUCUCCCUGGCAGGCUGCCUGCUACUGGAGGGGAAUGCUGAUGUGGACUGCUGCACCUACAACGGCUCCAGCCCUCUCCACAUAGCAGCAGGCCGGGGCUCUGUCAAACUGACCGCUCUCCUCAUGGCUGCAGGUGCCAAUCCUCACAAAGAAAACUUUGAGCCCCUGUUCUUCAGAGAGGAUGACUGCUGUGUGGAUGAGGAAGAGGAGCAGGAUGAAGGCUACAUCCCAGGGAUGACUCCUCUUAACAUGGCUGCCACUCCUGAGGUGUUGGAAAUUCUGAAUGGCAAAGAGUACAAGCCACGGGCCACCAUCCCAGUCUUCAUCCCCCCUCAAGGCGACAUGCGGAGCCUGGGCUCAGACACAAAGCGGGCAUUAUGCCAGGCCCUUGAGUGCCAGGGGGGGAGCUGGGAGAGCCUGGCAAACACGCUGGGGCUGGGCAUCCUCAACAGCGCCUUCAGACUCAGCCCCUCCCCCGCCAGCACACUGCUGGACAGCUACGAGGUAUCCGGGGGAAUGGUCAUGGACCUUUUGGAGGGACUCAGGAUGGUGGAGAACUCCAACGCGUUGACAGUACUGCAGGGGGCACUGUGUGAAACGGAGCAGGCUCCUCUAGCUCCCCGAAGCACCACAGAGCUCUUAGGACGUGUCCAGGAUCUGAAGCUGGACGGACAGGAGGACAGUGGCGUGUGUGACAGUGGGGUGGAGCUCUCCACAGCGUGACUGCCAGAUUGGUCAAUCACACAUCAGGGCCCUGACCUUGUCAGGAUUUCAUGAGGCUUCUACUUCCUAUAAGCAGGCUACAGACAAUUUCUCUCUGAAAGGGACACUAGCAAGCUCGUCUCCUCACACAUCAUGCUAAAUAUCCUUACUUUUAAUGUUUUGAAAGUGGCUUUGUAUACGUAAACAUAGUAUGCAUGUUAUGUUUGCAUAAUGACAUUUUAGGAAACCUGAAUGUAAUCUAUUUGAAUCUUGUUUGAAUUAACAUCAUGAAUGUGUUUUAUUCAGGGGAAAACUCAGAGGCUUGUUAUAAAUGUGGAAAAUGCUUUUUUAAUCAUUUUUAAUUUUAAGAGAUUAUUAGAUUAAAAAUCAUAUGAUCAGAAAUGUUCUCCCCACACUACAGUUCAUUUGGAGCAUGGCGGUCAAAAAUGCAGCCGAUUCAAAUAACCAAUUUUGAGUGUGGCACUCUGGACCUUGGCAAAGCCCGAUAUAAUUAAGUUCCAACACCCCCUGAUUUACAAGGCGUAAGCCACUUUGGAAAAAAAGUGUCUGAUAAAUGAUAUUAAAUGAAAAUUGCCUCUAUAUACAGCAGUAGUUGCCAAAAGGAUAGAUAGCCCGUUAUAUAUCCCCCUCAUAAAGUGGACCCCAUAAUAUCACAUGGAUAGAAUGGUUACUGUUGAGUGGUUUGUAUUGAAACCAAGCAACCACUAAUACAUGCUCUUGUAUCAUGUACAACAAAGUCCAAUUAAAUUUCCUAUGGAAGUGGUGCUACCAGUGAUUUGUACGUAUGAUAAUGGUUUAUUGUAAUAAUCAUGAAGCCUGUUAAAGCACAAUCCUCAGCCUUGACUACAGUACACAAACCACUUUUGAAUAGCCUUGAGUUCAUUCCUGUGUAGACAAGCUUUUCAUCGUACCCCUUGACAUCUGUAUGAAGUAGGGUCUAAACUCACUUUUGAAAGCCAUUUGUUUAUAGUAAUAUUUACUUUUGUUAUCAAUGCACUUGAUUUAAGUUUGAAUUGUUUUAUCAAACGUUCAUAGUCAGGUUAUCAAGUUCUGCUUCAAGACCACGGUGAAGACAUGUUGGAGAAUGAGUGGUGCUUUAUUUUCUUCAUUGUUCUUUCCCAUUUUGCAAUUAAGUAUUCAUUGAGUCAUUUGGUAUUCAUAAACCCUCGACAUCAGAUGGACAUUGAAAGAUUUGUUUCAACCAAGUUUGAAGCUGUUCCAACAUUUUCCUGACAACACUGGCAUUUUGAGAUCAAUCCUAAACCAAAGGUUUAAUAGGCAAGCACCGCUUCACUUUGUGUGGAGCUUCAAUAUUUAUACCUGUACCCUGUGAAACUUUUGUAUAGUCAAAGGUUUGCUUUUUAAUGGGUUCUAUUGUAAUACUUUUUUAAUAAAAUUGUUAAUUGUG